UUUGUUUUGCCAACUUUUUUUCCGACCCACUUCCGCUCAAACGGGACGUGACGCAAGUCUAGAAGAUGGCGUCCACAAAGCCCAAGGAUCGAUUUGGUUUGCUAGCUGUCUGCUGUUGAGCCGAACCGGGGCUCUUUGGCUCUGGCUGAGGGCUGACACCAUGGCAGCAGGUAGCUGCAGUCGUCUUCUCUCAUCCCGGAACUAACGGUAUCGCUCCAUGUCCAAAGGGAAGACGGCUCGUGUGGAUUCUCAGCGCCGAGGCUGGAAACACAAACACGGGAAAUGCCAGCGGCCGCUUUGAUCCCAGACAUCGGAGGCUGUGAUUGAGGCUGACCUAGGGUCUUUGUUAGCACCAGCUGGACACACUGGGACACCGUCCUCUGAUUGGCUGCGACAACUCCCUCUGACAUGCCCGUGGCCAAUCAGAGGUGUGUUAUGUCGGAGGCGGAUGUGGAGAUGUAUCUAUCCCAGGUGCAUGAUGGGAGCGUGUCAUCGGGCUUCCGGGCGCUGUACGAGGAGCGUCUGCUGCUGGACGUCACGCUGAUGAUCGACGAGCAUCACUUCCAGGCCCACAAGGCGCUGUUGGCCACCCAGAGCGACUACUUCCGGGUCAUGUUCACAGCGGACAUGCGGGAGCGGGACCAGGACAAGAUCCACCUGAAGGGGCUGACGGCGGCGGGCUUCGGGCACAUCCUUCGCUUCAUGUACUACGGCUCACUGGAGCUCAGCAUGCCCACCGUGCAGGAGAUCCUACAGGCGGCGAUGUACGUGCAGCUGACGGAGGCGGUGGAGUUCUGCUGCUCUUUCCUGCUGGCCAAGAUCUGCCUGGAGAACUGCGCCGAAGUCAUGCGGCUCCUGGAGGACUUCAGCGUGGGUGUGGAGGGUGUCCAGGAGCAGCUGGACAACUUCCUCCUGGAUAACUUUGUCCCGCUCAUGAGCCGAGCCGACUUUCUGUCCUACCUCAGCCUGGAGAAACUGCAGGCAUACCUGAACAGCGACGCUCUGAGCCGCUACCCGGAAAUCGAACUGUACGAGGCGGUCCAGUCGUGGCUGCGACACGACCGGCGACGCUGGAGACACACGGACACCAUCGUUCAGUCGGUCCGCUUCUGCCUCAUGACGCCGGCAAACAUUUUUGAGAAGGUGAAGACGUCGGAGUUCUACCGCUACUCCCGGCAGCUGCGCCAGGAGGUGGAGCAGGCCCUGGGCUACUUCCACGACGUCAAUCAGCAGCCCCUGGCAGAGACGCGCGCCCAACGCAUCCGCUGCGACCUCGAUGCAGUAACCCGCUCGGUCCCGCAGGUGUGGUGGGAGCUGGAGGGCCCCCAGGUGCCGCUGAGACCCGACUGCCUGGCCAUCGUCAAUAACUUUGCCUUCUUGCUGGGAGGGGAGGAGCUGGGGCCGGACGGCGAGUUUCACGCGUCGUCCAAGGUCUACCGCUACGACCCCCGACAGAACUCGUGGCUUCGCAUGGCGGACAUGUCGGUGCCCAGGUCGGAGUUCGCAGUCGGCGUCAUCGGAAAGUUCAUCUACGCCGUGGCAGGCCGCACGCGAGACGAAACCUUCUACUCCACGGAGCGCUACGACAUCACCGAAGACCGCUGGGAGUUCGUGGACCCGUACCCCGUCAACAAGUACGGACACGAGGGGACCGUCCUGGGCGGGAAGCUCUACAUCACGGGCGGCAUCACGUCCUCGUCCACCUCCAAGCAGGUGUGCGUCUUUGAUCCGGGGCGGGAACCGGCGGCGGCGGGAGGAGGAGCGACGGCGGCGGCGGCGGGAGGGGGCUCGGCCGGGCCGGACCCCUUCCGGACGCGCGGGGGCCGCGGCGCGCCGUUGCCCGGCUCCCACGCCAGCUGCUGGGAGAACAAAUCCAAAAUGAACUACGCCCGCUGCUUCCACAAGAUGAUCUCCCACAACGGCAAGCUGUACGUGUUCGGCGGCGUGUGCGUCAUCCUGCGCGCCUCCUUCGAGUCGCAGGGCUGCCCGUCCACCGAGGUCUACGACCCGGACGCCGACGAGUGGACCAUCCUGGCGUCCAUGCCCAUCGGGCGCAGCGGCCACGGGGUGGCCGUGCUGGAGCGCCAGAUCAUGGUGCUGGGCGGCCUGUGUUACAACGGACACUACAGCGACUCCAUCCUCACCUUUGACCCCGACGACAACAAGUGGAAGGAGGACGAGUACCCCCGGAUGCCUUGCAAACUGGACGGCCUGCAGGUGUGCACCUUGCAUUUCCCAGAGUACGUGCUGGAGCACGUCAGACGCUGCAGCUGAGCUUCCAAACUGCUGGUGUUGGUGUCAGGCUGGGUUGUCAUCGUGGCAAAACGUUCCUGUAACCUGCAUGCAUGCGUACGGGCCUCUUUGUCACGCCGGCAUCACGCCACUAUCGCAGGUGUCACCGUGUCUGUCGUUGUGGACUCGUGCGCUCAAGCAGCACUUUUCACAUUUGGAAUUUUACAAAUCGACACGUUCCACACGAUCUCAUCUCAUAUUUUUUUGAUGAGGGCAGUCCUCACUUGGUUCAGGUUAUUGGUUCCACAUCAUUUCACCCGAGUCAUCUUGUCACUACUGUUAUUUUUGACUAUGCACUUUUUUUUAACUGUUUUUUUUUUGGUUUGUUUUGUUCUUGUCACAUGCUUAUUUGUUUUUUUAAAUGGCCACAGAAGUGUCAAACUGAUUGAUGAAUGUUUGCAAGGGGAUAUACGUGCGUGCAUGCGUGUGCGCAUCGACUUCUUCCGGUGUUGCUGUCAAAGAAGAAACGUGAUGAAAAGUGAUAAGCUUGCAGGUCGCAGCAUCCUUUAGUCUGUCAGUAGGCAAACAAAAUUAGAAGAUAAAAAACAUCCACAUACAGUAUUUCUAAAGUAUUUAUACUGUGUGUAUACUGUGUAUUUAUAAACACACACACGCAAUUUAUCGAUUGAUCUAUUACUUUUUUCAAUGAUCUGUAAUUGAUUAAUCUGAAUUUUAAAAAAAAUCUAAUUUUUUUCACUUUAGUAAAAAAUCUGACAUUUCAAAUUGACAGUGCAGCAAAUGAAAACACAAACGAAUUGUGACUUAGUUACGGGUUUGGUCCACAGAAUAGUGAAAAAUGUGAUCCUUGCUUUCCAAAGUAAAAUCAGAUGUUGGCAAAUGUCUCAUUUUGAUUCAACAUGAUAAAGGGGCACUUUUCCUAAAGGACUACAGGAAAUUCAGAGUGCUUACUGUUGAGGGGCCACAAUGGUUGAUAAUUACUAGUCAAACUUUCAAUUAUUUUUUUUUAAAUAGUCGUUAAUUUAAUUGAUUGGUUGCUGAUUAGUUAGUUAAUUGCUGCAUCUGUAAGAGUACCUUGCUAGCACUGAAACAGGAAGAGAUGGCAAGUUAAAAUCAUUUGUAAUCUGGGCAAAUCCUCUUUGGAAAUGUUUGUAACUUCUUUCCUGAAAUAAAUGUUCAUAUUGGAUGAA